AUGGAUUUCGAGCGGUACGGAAGAAAUCUUGAAGAGCUUCUUUCUGAUUUGGGACUGAAAGACCUCUUUAAAAUGAAGCUGACACUCAGUAAGGCACUUGAGAUAGGGGACAGAAGUGCGUCAGAAGAGCCAGCUCUGUCUCUAGAGGCACUUCCAGGAUAUGUUUUGAACAGACUAAUGAUGGUGAAUGUCACUGCCAGAAGUGUAAAGUACACCCCUUCUGAUCAUGAGGCACCAGCCGCUGGACCGGACUCUGACUGGGGCAACUUGGUUAAAGACCUGGAUAACAGAAAUGCCAUUAACCCUCUCGACAUCAUCACUGCCAUCUUGCUCUGCUCUGAUAAUUUCCUUCAGCAGGAGCUGGUUGUGAAAAUGUCCAUGUGUCAGUUUGCUGUGCCCCUCCUGCUUCCACACUGUGACAAGCAGAAAUGCACUUUAAUGCUGUGGGCCAUGAGAGGUGUUGUGAAGAAGUUCAGACCCCACUCCCUGGCCUACCCAAAAGCCUCCACAGAGAACAACAUCGCUCUCACCAACCUCCCCAUGGUGUCCUUCAUCAGGCUGGGUGAGAUCAGCAUGUCUAAGUCUCAGAUUUUGAACAAGCUGCUUAGCAAUCCUCAGCAGUACCAUGAUACCUUUGUCCACCGCGACAUGGAAUGCGGCGAUCGCCCCCGGAGGAUAUCGAAUGGCUUGGUUGAAAUCACCUGGUACCUGCCCUGCGGAAACAAAAACAUAGACGUCUUCUCAGAGCCCAUGGCUGUGGCUAACUGUAGAGGGGACGUCAGGUCCUUUGAGACUCAGUACAGCUUCCUGUGUCACACGUCGGCGGCCAUUUUUGUUUUCUUCGACAACCUGAAGCUCGAUCUCAAGUACUGGACGGUCAAGAAUGUCAAAGCUCAACUGUUUCUGAUCAUCAAUUCUCAGGGGAAAACAAUCAGUCCAGACACAUUGCAAAAAGUUGCAGCAGACUGUAACAUUGAAAGAAGUAACAUUAUCAUGAAGACCAACCAGAAUGAUGCAGACUUUGUGAGAAAACUGAGCAGCACAGUGAGAGAAGUCAUUGAGAAAAGUCCACAGAAAAUGAGCGUGAAGGACCUGUAUGGUGUUGCCCUUGAGUUAGGCAUUCAGGUGGAUGAGAAUUGCAAUGAAUGCUUGAGAGCCGAGAAGAGGGCUGAUGAACUCACAGGCAACAUUGAGAACACUCUGAAGUUCAAGGAGGAUCAGUUGCCUUUACAAGGUGAGAUCUGGAAAGAACUUUCUCAGAUAGAGAAGGAGAGGUGUAGACUAAAACAGGCAGGAAACCAGGAGAUUGAACAUUACAAGAGCUCACUUGAGAGAAAAGAAAAGGAACUGAGAGAAAGGCAAUGUGGUUUCACAAUGACAAAAGCCAUGGAUUGCUUCAUAGCUGGAAUGGCAAGCUCAAGGAUAGAACGAUCCUAUUUCCUGAAGUGGAUGAGAAUUAAUUUGGAUAAUCUGUCAUGUAAGAGUCUCUCUGAUUUGCGGGAAAAAUAUAGAGAGCAUUGUCAAAAGUCUGUCAGAAAUAAACAGAUGAUUGCGGAUCUUGAUAGACAAAUUUCAAACAGUUCCUUAGGAAUUGAACACUUCCUUCGUGAAAUGGGACAGCUGUACGAAUCUUCUUGUUCCCUCCCAGAAAACAGCUCAACAAGAAAGCGACUGGAGAAGCUGCCUAGACUGUGCGCUCAGAUGCUUCUGGAUGGUUUCCCUCUUGAGCUUGUGGAUGGAGAUGCAUCAAAUAUCCCUAUAAAGUGGGUAUCUAAAGUACUGUCUGAACUCCAUAGCCAUGUGAACUGCAACAGUAAGAUCCGUGUGGUUACCGUGCUGGGCGUCCAGAGUACUGGGAAGUCCACUCUGCUCAACACCAUGUUUGGGGUGCAGUUUGCUGUCAGCAGUGGCAGGUGCACGAGGGGUGCCUUCAUGCUGCUCAUUGGAGUCAAGGAGGAUUUCAGAGAGCAGCUUGGCUGUGACUUUCUCAUGGUCAUUGACACAGAAGGGCUGAAGUCCCCAGAACUGGCCCAGCUGACUGACAGUUAUGAGCAUGAUAAUGAACUGGCCACCCUGGUGGUGGGGCUGAGUGACAUCACAAUCAUCAACAUCGCCAUGGAGAACUCAGCAGAAAUGAAAGACAUCCUGCAGAUUGUGGUGCACACCUUCCUGCGCAUGAAGGAGGUGGGGAAGAAACCCUGCUGUCAGUUCGUCCACCAGAAUGUGGCAGACGUCUCCGCCCAUGACAACAACCUGAGGGACAGGCAGCUUCUCCUGGAACAGCUGGACGAGGUGACCCAAGUCGCUGCCAGGAUGGAGAAAAAGGAAGAGACCAUGACAUUUACAGAUGUGAUGGAUUAUGACCCUGAGAGGAAUACAUGGUACAUCCCUGGCCUUUGGCAUGGCAACCCCCCCAUGGCAGCAGUAAGUGCUGGUUACAGCGAGGCUGUGAAUGAGUUCAAGAGCAGGAUGGUCGACACAUUAGAAGAGCUCAAAGGCACCAGACCUGCACACACGAUUCCGGAGCUUCUGGAGUGGACCAAGAGCUUGUGGAAGGCAGUGAAGUACGAGAACUUCAUCUUCAGCUUCCAGAACAGUCUAGCGGCUGAUGCUUAUACCAAGCUGUGCACAGAAUUUAACAAAUGGGAGUGGGAAUUUAGAAAACACAUGUACACAUGGGUGUCAGGGGCUGAAACAAGCGUGUCAAACUUUUGCACAGCUGCCUUGGCAGCUCAGAAAGCAUUUAGCCUGGAUGACUUAUUGAGUGUUCUGGAAAAUGAAGUUUCUCGUGAGCUUGACAAAGGGGAAAAACAAAUCACAGAGAGUUUAACAAAAUAUUACCAGAGAAAGGAGGACCAUAUGUACCUAGUGGAGAAAUACAGGGAGGAUUUCAUGAACAGUGUUAAGAGCCUGAAGAGAGAAUUGCAAACCACAUUGAUUAUGAAACUUGAGACAGCCAUGAACAUAAAGAAGGGGAUGGCUAUUGUGGAGAGCAUCAAGAAAAAACACAAAGCCAUCAUGGAGGGUCAGGUGCAGAAAUUAGUCAAAUUGUGCAGGACAUCACAGACUCCAAUUUUAGACCAGCAGCUGGAGCAGGAAUUUGAGAAGAUGUGGACAAAGACCACAAAGAUGCUGUCCUUCAAGGGCCUGAAGAGACUAAAUAUUGUUCAAGAAGUUUAUAACCUAUUAAAGUCCAACCUGGAGACAAAAGGAGGGUCAGUCCAUGAAAUGCUGUCCCAGAUCACACAUCUGGACAGAUGUGGGAAGGAACAAUUUAUUGUUAGUAAUGAUGACAAAAAGUACGCUGUGAGGUGUCCCCAGAGUGCCUUUAUGCAUGAAUGGAUACAAAAAAUACAAGAAAUGUCUGACUGCAUCAUACAACUCAGCUCGCAAUUCACUGAAGAUAAGUUGGAAACAAGAACAGAUUUCCAGAAAACAUACAUUGUGGAGCUGCUGAGAAUGAUAGAUGAGCAUCUGGAGGCACACAGAAACCUACAAUUCACUGCCCACAUCGAGGCCUCACUGAAGAUCCACAUCUGUGGGCAUGCAGCCAGAAAAUUCCAACAAAUGCAUGAUGCUUUCAUAAGGGACAAUGACCCUCAGCAGUGUCUGCAGAAAUUCAAACAACAGUACUACACUGACUUCAAGGAUCUCUUCUAUAAAAGAGACCUGUGUCACAGGAAGGCACAGGAGUUCAGUACACAAUGUCUGAAGCCUGCAGUCAGAGAGUAUGUCAGUAAAGCCCUGGGACCAGACAUAGUGGAUGAAAUGAUUACAGGGAAUAAAGCCAUUGAUUUCAGCACCCGCUCCUUCUUCCAGUUCUCCAUUCUCAAAAAGCUGCUUGCAGAGGACAAAUUUGAGAACUUCGCUGGCUACAUCAUGAACUAUGAGAACUUUGUUAAGAAGUGGAUAUUUAAUUGGAUUGUGGGGGCCUUAAGUAAAUCAAACAGAAUUGCAGUUAUGGAGAACUACUACCUGAAGAAGAUCAUCAGGAACAUAAAGGAAGCAGUUAUGAGCGCAAAAGUAGCAGUGAGGAGUGAAGAGGAGAUGAGUAUCCACCAGUUCAUCAAGGACAUCUGUGGUAAAUUGAGUGAGACACUGGCUAUCCCAAAAGAUGAUCUGGAUGCAGUCAUGGUUCUAAACCAUGCCAAGACUGAGCAGUUUUUUGACUGGCUGCUGUCCUCCAUAGAUGAAAUGGAAGCAUCCCUGAGCACAGAGUUCCACAGUCAUAAGGAUGUGAGAACCAGGCUGACCACAAUGCCCUUUAAACCACAGGAUGAGCUCUUCAACAGGGUGAUUGGCUGUGGGAAGCAGUGCCCAUUUUGCUUCGCUCCAUGUGAAGCUGGGGGGAAAGGUCACACAGAGCACUUCACCUCAAUCCAUCGUCCUGAAGGGCUUAGACAGUACAAAUGGAAGCGCUCGAGGAAACUAGUUCCAGACAUAUGUUCCUCUCUUGUCGCCAGUGAAAUUACAUUCCGCAGUGCUGAAACAAAUGGCAAGUUUCAUCCAUACAAGGAUUAUCAGAAAUUUUACCCUGAUUGGCGUAUCCAGCCUGACACCAGCAUCCAAGCCUCAGCCUACUGGAAAUAUGUGUUUGCCAAGUUCAACACACAGUUUGCAAAGGAGUAUGAUGCACAGCCUGCUGACCUUCCACCAAAAUGGAAAUCUAUAACCAAAGAACAAGCAAUGAAGAGCCUGGAGGAGGCAUUUAUGAUGAAAAAAAGGAAGAAUUGGUAG